CCGAAUGAAUAUCAAGCUCGACAGCCUUCCAACCCAACAGAGCAACAAAUCAUAAAAAUGGGUGAAAAACCUGAAACUCCAAUUCGUUUUGGCAUCAUCGGUUGUGCAAACAUAGCAAGAAAAGUUGCCAGAGCCAUUAACUUAGCCCCCUGUUCGGUCCUGUACGCCAUUGGCAGCCGUUCCAUAGAAAAGGCCAAGCAAUUUGCGAGUGACAACGGCGUGCGUGAGAGCGUCAAGAUUUACGGGAGCUACGAUCAAGUGCUCGAUGAUCCAUUUGUGGAUGCUGUGUACAUGCCACUGCCGACUAGUCUGCACCUUCAUUGGGCGGUGAUGGCUGCCAGAAGGAAGAAGCAUGUGCUGAUAGAGAAACCAACGGCGCUCGAUGUGACUGAGUUGGAGCAGAUACUUGAAGCUUGUGAAUCCAAUGGUGUGCAGUUCAUGGAUGGGUCCAUGUGGUUGCACCAUCCUAGGACUGUUAAAAUGAAGGAGACGCUCUUUGAUUCUAAGCUUUUAGGAGAUGUCAAUUACAUCUACAGCACAUCAACAACUUCAGUAUCCCCUGAAUUCCUUGAGAAUGACAUUAGAGUAAAAGCAGACAUGGAUGCCCUCGGUGCCCUUGGUGACAUUGGCUGGUACUGUCUUGGAGCUAUCCUGUGGGCCAAAAAUUACCAGCUACCAACUUUAGUCACGGCUCUACCAGACGUCUCCAAAAACUCGAAUGGAGUCAUCCUCUCCUGCUCUGCCUCCAUUCAAUAUGGGGAACCAGCGGAAACUGUUGGGAUUAUUCACUGCUCAUUCUUCUCCAGUACAUCCAUGGACUUGACCAUAACUGGUUCUGGCGGAUCCUUGAAUCUCCGGGACUUCAUAAUCCCGUAUCAGGAGAGCUCCGCUUCAUUCGAGUUCACUGUGGGAGCGAAGCUCGCGCAACUUCAUAUCGGGUGGAACGUGAAGCCACAGAAAGUAGUUGUGGAUUCUGAGCUACCGCAGGAGGCUUUGAUGGUUCAGGAGUUUGCAGGGCUUGUUCAUGAUAUUAGAACAUCUGCCUCCCACCCUGAUCCUAAAUGGCCUGACAUUAGCAGAAAGACUCAGAUGCUACUGGAUGCAGUGAAGAAAUCUGUUGAUUUUGGUUGUAAGCCUGUUUAUUUUUGAGGGUUCUGAGCUUGUUGUAUUGAGUAUUUGUACCACACCAACAAAGAGGUGUGAGUUCUGUGCACUUGAACAUGGAAUAUGAGCUAAGAUUAGCAA